AUCGCUCGCCGGCUUCCGUAGUAACAGGAAGUGGCGCUGUCGACGUUUGGAAACCAUUCACUCGGUUUAACCAACGUCGGGUAAUUACUUAGGUAUAUUAAGAGCUUUUUGCAGAGGUGGUGAUGGGUGACAUUCGUCAGUCGUUGCUGCCUCGCGAUGUGCUGAGUGCAGCCAAGGAGCUGCUGUAUCACCUGGACAUCUACAUCUGUAACCUGGUGCAGUCAGGGAGGCAGCCUCCUCAAGUCGACUCCAAAACCCAGGAGCUGGUGGAGGAGUUCAUUCUGCAUGCACCUAAGGACAGAAACACCCCAGCUAGGAGGAUGAGUGCUCUUCAGGAGCUCCAGCUUUUGGAGAUCAUGUGCAGCUGUUUCCAGGAACAGAGCCGUGAUACGGUCCGCCAGCUUAUGUUCUCCGCCCUCUUUAGUCUCCAACGCAACCAGGCGGAUGAAAGCCGCAUGGCGCUGUUAGGCAAGCUGGUAUCCAUGGCGAUCGCUGUGGGCAGGGUUCCUAUAUUGGAAUGUGCUGCUACCUGGUUACAGAGAUCCCACCGUGUGUACUGUGUGCGCCUGGCUCAGGUUCUAGUAGACGACUACUGUAGUUUGGUGCCAGGCUCGGGGCCCACCCUGCAGAACAUCCACAACGCCAGUCCACGCUUCUGCUGCCAGUUCAUCACUGGUGUCACCACCCUCUAUGACCUCACCACAGAGGAGCUCACCCCUCCUUUAGAACUCCUUCAGAUGAUUGUGUCGUGGAUCCAAGAUGACCCAGGUCUGGUCCUAAUCAACUUCCUGAACACGGCCCUCUCUGGGAAUCAGCCAAUCAGCUCACUUGAUGUCACACCAUUAGGGGGGUUGGUGCGCUGGUGCGUCAAAGCCCCCCUGGCCUACAGGAGAGACAAGAAGGAGGGGUUAACCAAUGGCACCACUGAGGGGGAGCCAGAGGUUGGGCCUCUUUUCUCUGCUCUCCAUCUAAGUGUCCUACAGGUCCUCAUGCUUUUGCCAAACAUACUAAAUGAGAAGGGGCUUUUCGGUCGCCUGGCGCUGCUCCAGAUGGAGUCCCUGGCCGCCCUGAGCUCAGACCUCUCCAGGCUGUUGGACCAGGCUGACAAACACACUCACACAUCAUCCGCAGAUACACGUGGACUGUCUCAGCUGGCCUUGGACCGGCUAGCUCAGGCCCUGCAGGUGGCCAUGGCCAAUGGAGCUCUACUCUGCUCGAGAGAGGACCUGAGAGCCAUCUGUUCCCGCUUGCCACACAACAAUUUGCUCCAGUUGGUGUUGUCAGGCCCAGUGCUGUACUACAACAACAUCCACACUCCUCCACUGGCCUUCAGCCCGCACGCUGCUCAUUCCCCCAUCGCCUCACACCCGACACACCCUGCACACACACCUCUAGCCACCCAUCCCUCCUCUCACCCUCAGUACCCAGCUCAGCCUUUCAUGACGGGGAUGGCCUUCCCCUUCCGACCCAGCCACUAAAAGAAAUAAUGUCAAACUUGUUUGCAAAUGUGAAGUUGUAUGCAUGUGUGUGUUUGUUGCUGUGCAUGAAUGAAUGUAUGUAUGUGCGAGUGAUGUAUUAUGUGUUAUUAUGUUAAUGAGCAGAUUUGCUUUUGCUAAAAGUCUGUGAGGCUAACACGUUUGUUCAAUAAAUAUUUUUUUACCUCA